CUUGAACAAUAAUAAAUGAAAAUUCGGAAUAUCAUGUUACCAACACGCCCAUUCCAAACGAGACUGAUACAGGACGGUUCAGAUCGUGAAACAAAAAAGAAAAAUAUUCUCCAAACAAUAAUUAAUAAAGUUAAAGAUUACAUUGUUUUAUUCCUGGAAACUUCUUCUAUACAUGGCUUGAACCACUUAGUUGUGGUCGGCAGACAUCCGUGUGAAGUGUUUCUGUGGUUGUGCAUGGUGAUUAUUUCUGUGUUUGGGACCGUCAUCCUGUCUGGGACCACCUGGUCCCGCUAUCAGUCCUCACCGACUGUGGUUUCUAUGGAUAGGGAUAUGUUCGCUUGGAACACAACUUUUCCUUGUAUAACUCUUUGUCCCACCAAAAAGCUGGAUCCGGGGAAGCUAACCGCUUAUAUUGGAAAUGCAAAUGCAUCAGAUUCUGAUAAGCUUCGAGAAUUUAUAACGGCGCUCGCUAAAGCAAAUUUUGAAACUUUCAACACAGUGCCUUAUUAUAAAGAGAUAAGUCCUGAGAAGUAUUUGGAAUUGAUUAUUGGCUUAGCUCCACCAUUCGAUCCUUCUCUGACUAUUGGAGCUUCUGGUAUCAAUCUGCAGAUCGAACCCACUAUAACUGAGAUGGGUCUGUGUUACGCCAUUAACUCAAAGGUUGCUGUGUAUAAUUCUCCUCAGUACAGAGCAGCAAAUAGAUGGGAUAUAGUGACAUCCAAGAAUUUUACAUUUUUUGUUCAUCCUCUGGACGGAGAGGUGUUCGCUCAGCUGAAUAAUAUAUCUAGUUCCUAUGAGGUAUACAUCCACGGUCCCUUAGAGGUACCCGAUAUUUCAACGAAGCGUCACUACGCUGAUGAGAACUACUACAUGAAGAUAUACGUGACGGCCAUGACGGUCUACACGUCUCCGGAGGCCGCCAGGCUUAGUGUAGGUCAGCGUCGCUGUCGCUUCCUGCACGAGAACUCUUUGAAACACAACUCAGUGUAUACAUACAAUAUGUGUCGCAUGGAAUGCCGCUUGCGACUGUGUCUCAAAUACUGCAAGUGUGUCCCUUUCUUUUAUAGAAAUGGUAAGGAAAAAAUUUGUGAUGUCGACGGAAUGCAAUGCUUAGCAAAAUAUAAAGAUGAUCUUAUUAAACUCAGAACAAAAGAUGGAAAGAAAGUUAGUUGUGAGUGUCUUCCUAUUUGCGACGAUGUCAACUAUAUUGUUCAAUCACAUGCCCUGCAUGAGUGGUUUCUUGGAACUUUCUUUCAGUGGGGAAUCGUCACUUACCCUAGAAUGCGUUAUAGACGAGAUAUUAUAUUCGGCUUUACUGACGUUCUUGUUGCUGUCGGGGGCAUGGCUGGACUCUUUCUAGGCUGUAGUGUUCUUAGCUUUAUGGAAAUAGUGUAUUUCUUGACGUUACGUCUCUUCUGGUACGCGAGAAGAGGAUAGAGUGUGACUGUCAUUCCAUCAGUAGGUAGGUGGAAAUAAAGACCUUGUCUAUUUCAAGCUUCUAUGUACACGAAGAUCCAGAGAUAUAUUGCGGCAGCAACUCGACAGGUUUCUGAUUUGACUCUUAGGUAUGAAAACACUAAUAUCGCUGUCUGUUCCCGUAUCACAUUUUGCUAACCCAAAUUGUUUUACCGCUGCAAACACAGAAUCGCUAAAUCCUAGUAUCAAUGUUUAACAAAAACAAUGAAAUUGUUUUCAGUUACUAUUAAUAUUGUUAUUACAAUUUUAUCAUGUCUAUUGUUCAGCAACAGCUUUUUAAAUAGGAAUACAUACGAUUUUUCUUUUCAUGGUGAAUAUAAUUUGUUAUAUAACGUUGAUCCCAAAAAGUUUUUUGUAAUUUUAACAAACAGAAUUAAAACUUAAAACUGGUAAAUGUUCAUUGUUUUUUCCUUAAAACCACAAAAUUUCGACUGGUUUGAUAAUUAUGUUGUAACAUCAGGAGUAAUGUUGUCCCUUGACAUCGUCUAUAAUAGUUUAAGUAAUUGACAUUUGCCUUUCAGGUAAAUUUAAUAAGGGUCCUUGUUGUUUGCCAUCGGCUCAUAUUAACACCUCGUAAAUUCAACCCUUAAGCACCUCUCUAGUAAUUAAGAUCUUGGACCCUUUAACCAAUUUGGAAUAGUGGUAUUAUAAGGACCUUGCUGGGUUCGGCUGGUUAACAAACAGAUUAGCAUCCAUUUUGUAAAUUAUACUAAGAUCAUGCUUUUAUUCUUGUUAAUCGUUAAAGCCAACCAAACAUUAAAGUAUCAUCAAUUUUCAUUGGAUUACUAUUGACUGGCUUUUAGUAGCUAAUAUUUUUACUAGAGAGAGUAAGGAUUGUGCAUGUACUUAUCAUAUUUAGAUAAUUAUACGAUAUUAUUUGCUAAUAGUUUUCUCGAGUCCGUUUGUGGCCAUUAUCUUAUCAUAGAGCAACAUACCUUUCACUGAGAACUACUCGUUAGGUUAUCUGUAGUCUCCAAGACGUCGUUCAUCCUCGUAAACGAUUUCAUAUAUGGUUUCAGUGACAGCGGAUACCAAAAAUAUCUUUAAAGAUAACUUUGUCUUCACUUUCUUAUAGUUUUUGAUAGUGAUAAUUUUUUAAACACUUUUUUUUAAAUUAAUUAUUA